AUGGCUCCGGCGGUCAGAUCGAUGAAGCGCAAGGAUGCGAUUAACUGGCCGAGGAUGUCGACAACUUUCUGGGCUGUGCUGCUGUUGACGGCGCUUCUGAUCGUGUACUGCGGUCAGUUGGCUGCAGGUACCUGUGAGAUUGUCACUCUGGACAGAGACAGCAGUCAGCCACGCAGGACGAUUGCCAGACAGACAGCCCGCUGUGCAUGUAAGAAAGGACAGAUCGCUGGGACAACAAGAGCCAGGCCGGCCUGUGUGGAUGCUCGUAUCGUGAAGACCAGGCAGUGGUGCGACAUGGUGCCAUGUUUGGAGGAUGAAGGCUGUGACCUGUUAGUAAAUAAAUCAGGCUGGACUUGUACACAGCCCAGCGGCAGAGUGAAAACUACGACGGUGUCCUAACAGUGGCAGAGGUUCCUGGAGCUCUACGAGACAAGGCCUCUUGAAGCUUCGCCCAAUUGCUGUAGAUACUUGCUGUCUCUCAUCGGUUUAACACCUCUGCCUACCUGUCUGCAUCUUGGCUUUGUAAAUGGGCAGCACCCACUUGUGCCACGGAGAACAUAUGUUCACAAAGCACCUCACGGGUGGAAAGACCCUUGAGGACUUUAAGACUGCAGCACAGGACAAUGAGGCGCCUACCUGGUCAAAGGCUGAAGCAGAUGUUUCCACCGUUGGUGGUUCUGACUUGAUGCGAGACUGUGAACCCCUCUGCUUUCUGCUGAAGUACAUCUUUGGCCCUUGCAACAUUUUUUAAAGACCAAAGAUAAUAUAAUACACAAACAAAAAAAUGUGUAGACUAUGGAAGUGGACAGACUGAAAAGACAAAAUUCAGCAUAUAUUAAAUUUAUGUUUAAUAUAUAAACAUAAAUGUAGAGAGAGAGAGAGAGAGAUAGAAACACUUUGCUUUAAGACAGGGCUCUACAAAUGGAAUCGUUGAUGCAGAACAUUAUUCCGAGUGAAAAAAAAAAGAACCUUUAAUACUUUAUGGACAUUUCUUUGAAAUAAACCAACCACUGUAUUUCAAGGACUAAGGAUAUAGAAACAGUACACAUAUACACAUCAACAAAUUUAAUCAGCAUUUUCUCAGUAGCAACAUUUCGGACAGUUUGCAUUAAGCAUGGAAUGUUAACAUGGAAGACUACCCCAAUGCUUAUCAUCAGAAAAUAUUUACAAAAAAAAAAAAAAAAAGAAACAUCAAAAACUGUAAUUUCUGAUUACCAGAAGUGAAAUAUGUCAUUAUAUGUAUUUUAAAAGGCCUACAAGUUCUAUAUUUAACAGUUUUAUAUGUCGUACCUUUGUAGAGAACCUUAUUUAACAUAAAUAAUGUGUUGGAAAUGACAGAUAUAGAAUGUGGAUAAUGCUCUGCUCUGCUCUUUAACGUCGUAUUGUUUAUGUUCAAACUGAAGUAGCAAUUUUGAUUUUACACAUUCAAAAACAUGACCACAAUUACUUACACUGUCAAGUGAAAGGAGGAAAAGGACAAAACACAAAGGAAAUAAAUUAUAACAGGAAAUUGAACAUUCCGGACAUGGAGCCAUGGAAAUGGCUGUUAUCUCUUGUAUUGAAAUGGUGCAUUGAAAAGCCCUUCUCUUUAAAGUUAUAUUUGUGCUUGUGUUCGUUUGCACAGUGCUCACCUUCACGUCUUGACACCUCCAGAGGGAAUUCAGAAAGUCAUAGAUUAAUUUACAUGAAAUAGUUUUUUAUUAUGAAAUAUUUUAAGAAUAAAUUAAAUAAGUGAAAAUAUCCAGUUGCUAAAAUGAAAAUGUAAUAUCAUGUUUUCAGCUUUUUUCUACAAUGGGUUUGACAGAACAACAUGAUGUCAUCACCUUUGUAUGUAAUGUUUGGUUCUGGAAUAUGUACAUUUUGUUUAAGCAUAUGCGUUAAAGGGUUUACGUAUUAGAUGCUAUCGGUUUGUUGAUAUUGCGCAUUUCAGUGUCUAGAAACAUACAAAACAUGUGGGUACACCAUACCUAAUAAUACCUACAAAUAUGCAAAUAAUAUCUCCAAAUACAGAGAUAUGUGGCUAUCUACUGUAUAUUUGAAGUUAUGU